AUGUAAUAAUAAUAAAUGAGGCCUUUAACAUCUGCAAGUCCAAACAAACUUCCAAUCUCAAAUUUUGUGAGUGUUGAUCGUGAUAAAACUAGAGGUCAAACUUUUAUUCCUUAAUAUACAAAAGUAGAGGAAGUACAAUCGCCAAAAAAUCUAAAUACUUUAAAUCCUACUUAAUAAAAUGAAAUCUAAACACUUAAAAAACUUGUUAUUUAAUUAGAUUCCAGACUAAAUUCAUAGAAUGAAAUUAUUACUCAAAUUAAAACUGAGCUUGAAAAAAUGAAAGAGCUAAAUUCAGAAUUAAUUGAAAAGUUAAAAACUGCAGCAUCUCCACCUAUCUCUAAUAUCAAUAACCUUGAUAGAAGAGCUAUUGAUGAUCAAAAAAAAAUUAAAUAAGAAAUCAUGUAGUUGGGAAAUAAAUUUUCUGAAAUGGUAAUUUAAAUUAUAAAUAUUUUCAAGAAAGUCGAUUAUGAAACUAAGUAAAUGUCAUUAGAAGAAAAAGUACGCUCUAUUUAAAUUUCAUUUGAAAAUAGAAUGAAGAUAUUCUUUGAAUCUAAAAUAGAAUUCGAAGAUAUUUAUAAUUCAAUCAAUUAAUUAGGUAACAAUUUAAACGAAUAUAGCUAAUGAGUUGAGUAUCUUAAAAGAGAAAAGCGGAUUCACUGAUACAAUCAAUGAAAUCUACCAUGUAGAUUAGAAAGGAUACUUGAUGGAUUCGAAAAAUAAUUAUUUACUUGAUAAAGGAUAAAUGAUAAGAUUGAAUGAUAAAUAAAUAUAGUAUUUAAAGCAACAUCAUAAAUUAUUAUGA